AUGAGAGUGAAAUUCCAUAGACCUAGGCGAGGAAAACAGGUGUCUACAAAAUGAUGAAAGCUGCCUAUGUUGUCAUUUUGUAUUUAUAAAACUGUGCAAGAUGCCUAUAAUUAAAGUUCCAGUUGUCCAUAAUUUGGGUAUAAUUUCCCAAACCCACAAAGAGGAUUUGCAAAAAAUACUUUUCAAAAAAGCUCAGGAAAUAACAAUCACAACCAAUUCAAAGGCUACCAGAAACCCAUUUGAAAUAACAGAGGAGUUUAUCAAAAAGUACAACAAUUCCCAGGGCUCUGAGGAACAAGACAAGUAUAAUGAGCUGGCACGACAACUACUUAGCCGAAGCAAGCGCAGAGCUGGACUGAAAUGCAUGGGUGAGGGCGACCACGUUCAGCUUCCUCUGGCAUGGACAGAGCUGCUGUUGCUUGGUUUGUGCCGUGGUAAAAUUCAAAAUGAUACCCUGGAUUCCCUUCUGAUGUCAUUGGACCAUGCUCCAGUGCAUGCAGAACAGAUUCCUGCCCUCUUUUACCUGGGAGAGUCAGUCUUGUACUGGGUCUGUGCUGAUACGUCUCAGAAGCCCAAUUUGUACACCUGUGAAGUGAAGAUACUCAAGCUGGGAUAUUUGGUCUUCUUGAGACUAUUUCUCUUUCACAUCUCUGGAAACCUGAGUGGAUACCAAAGAAGCAAAUGCCAUCUUCACGUUUUUUUAAAAGCUCUGUCUCAGUGUGAGCCAUGCUACCAACCGUAUCCAAACAUCUUGCUCUCAGUGCACUUCAUGUUACGUUCAGGGGAGAUCAUUUGUGGACUGGGACCUUCUCAAGAGGAUUCAGCAUCAGUAAGAGCAGACUGUCAGGAGUAUGACGUGAACCAGGUGCUCUGGCAUUGUCUUCUCAGUUGGUACUGCGUACAAAACAAUGUCCGCCAGCUCUCCCAAGUGGCGCACCACCUCAUCAUGCUGAGAGAGGAGCUGCAGAAAGACAACUGGUUGGACUGUGCUUUGGGAUUAAUGGUUCUGGGUGAGGCUGCAAAGUCCAGCUUGUUGUGCCUUCAGAUGUUGAUGAGUCUCCACAUCAACCCAAAGACAGAGCAGGAGUCUCAGAGUGGUUGCUGGCCAUGGCAGUUGGAACACAUCUAUACCACUGUGUUAGCAGACAUAUGCCAGCAUAGCAGCAAUGCAGAGAUACAGAAAACAGCUCUGCUGGGCAGUCAAACCCCUCCAGGAUAUCACAAUACUGAUGGACUGCUUAAACUUCUGAACCACUGGUUUUCACUGAGUGUGGUGUCAUCUGUUCAUUCGCUAGCUGGCGCCGAGGCCUGGCAGCUGCGCUACAGUGCUGUUCAGGCUUUGGUGUGCGUAUGCCGAGGGCUCAGCGGAGCUGUGUUGCAGGAGGGGCUGAGGAAUGUGGCCUGGAUCACUCUGCAGGAACACCUGUGCCAAGAGACAGACCAGAGAGUCGGAGAUGCCGCCCGGGUUAUAGAGCUCACCCCCUACACCAAGGCCAAGAAGGAACAACCACCUCCCUCCAACAGGCCUAGGCUGGAAGCCUGUCCUCCACUGCCUAAAGAAACACUCCCUGGCCCUGCCAGUAAGAUGCAGCAUCCAACCAGACAUCCAGAGGAAUAUCACAGUGCCCCUAGAAAAAGUAAGAAAUAUCAAACUUACAUGGACUUCAAUGCACGUACAGAUGUUGACUUGAUGAGAAUUGUGGAGGACCAGUGGCAAAAAGAACUACAGAUCAAAAUGGCAGAGGAGGAAGAUGUUGAAAAGAAUGAAUUAGAGAAAGUACAAAAGGAAAAAGAGGAACAAUUCAAAGAGAUUAUGAGGAGGCGGGUGGAAAAAGUCAAGAAGGACACCAAACCAUAUGAGCUUCCCGGAUAUCAACAAACGGGAGGUCAAAUCUGAAUCUGAAAGAGACAUAAAUUACUUGUGCCAUGCUCUUUGUUAUAAUACUGAUCCCAAAACAUUUUACCAUGGUGAUUGCAUCUAGCAUUAUUUUUUGGAGGGAAUAGUGUCUUGCAUACAACAAGUGCAAAUUGUUUUAUGCACUUUAUUUCAUUUAAUUGGCAAACGUAACUUGGGUUUCAUCCUUUUUUAAUCUCACAUUAUAUUUACAGAAAGAUAGAAAAAUGUGACAAAAUGUGACUCUUAACAAGCAACAUUGGUAGAAAGAGAUUUGCACACAAAACCCUCCCCUGACGCUGAUUUGUAAAGAUAGCCAAAACUAUUGAAAUUCUAUACCAAGAAA